AUGCUCUGGCCCCUCACGGGGAAGGCCCCUUACGGGGAAGGCCCCCUUACGGGGAAGGCCCCUUACGGGGAAGGCCCCUUACGGGGAAGGCCCCUUACGGGGAAGGCCAACUACGGGGAAGGCCCGGGGAAGGCCCCUUGCGGGGAAGACCCCUUACGGGGAAGGCCCCUUACGGGGAAGGCCCUUUACGAAGGCCGCGUGACCGUGGACGGCCAGGUGGCCACGAGCAACUUCAAGGUCUUCGAGCAAGCCCAGGUUGUCCUGGAUGGUAUGGAAGUGCCGGCUCCCGGUCCUGAGCCCAAGCUCUGGGCGAUGAACAAACCCAGGAAGGUCCUUUGUGAGCCUGGCCCGGAGAAGAGUGAUGGCACCGAAACGCUGAGGCGGCGUAUGCGGCGCUGGUACGAGAAGGAGAUGACGAAGAUCGGGAAAGCGGUCGGUGAAGGGCUUGAAGAAGAGAGCUUGAAGGACAAGCACUGGGUCAUCGCCACCGGCCUCGCGUACGCUUCCGACGGCCUGGUCCUUCUGACCAACGAUGGUAUCUUUGCGGAGACGCUGGCCAGUGCGGAGAGCAACGUCUUGACAGCGUACGACGUCAAAAUCCAAGGCGACCCGCCGAUCGACCUCCUCCACAAGUGGCGGACGGGAGCCAGAGCCGGCGGUGUGAAGUAUGGUCGCGUGUGGUGCAGCAUGACGAAGCGGACGGGCGCCACGGCGAAGUUGCGGGUGAACGGCCGCAGAGACAAAACAGCAGCCUCUGUAGGGCAGUACGAGCGAUUGUGGGCACGUAUCAAAGUCUUUUGGAUGAUGGGUGUGCUCUUGGCGGAACUCACGAGUGCGACCGCGAUCAUGGAAUCAAUUUUGGGCGUUUUCCGGUUCAUGAUCAUCAAGCGAGCAGCUCACAACAAUGUUGCAUGCAAGUGA